AUUUUAUGGUGGUGGUGUGUGCCGUGGUACGAGGAGGAGGUGGGUGUUGUUGGUGGCUCACAAUUAUCCAACCACCAUUGUCGUUGUCACUGUCAUCAUCAAUUUCUUGAUUAACACUUUUCUGGGGUUUUAUCAGGGUUUUCUUUUAUAUAUAUUAUAUAUAUUUUUCUCAUCACCUCUGUCAUUAGAUGUAUACAUACUAUUAUAUAUAACAAUUCACAUAUUGGAGAAGCUGUUAUCAUCAUUCAUUCAUCUAUGGCUAAACCUGAUACUGAUCAAGAAUCUCCUGAUAGCAUCUCUUUGGAUCUUCCAGCUCCUCUGUUUAUUCACAAGGUUGGAGAAACGAGUGAAAUAAGUGAAGUUACCACAACAACCGAAAUAACUGAAGUCAACACCACCAGUCAACAAUCAAAACAACACCACCUGGUCUUGGAGAUACCAGAAAGAACAUAUGAUACAUCUACCAAAGACGAUCUAACGCUAAACACGCCAUUAACACCACAACAGACUCCGAAAAGAGUAAAUUUUUCCCCAUUACCUAGCCCCACAUAUAUCUAUUCCAAAUAUAAUGAAUCAUCAUCAAGCCCCUUAUCAACCAGAGGUAAAUCAUCCAUCAAAAGCCUAAUUCCUAAAUUAAGUUUCAAAUUUAAAAACCGAAACUCGGAGAUCGAAAAGGCUGCAAUCCUAGCCCUCGGUGGCUCACCGUCAGAGAUUCGAGAGAAGGCUAAAAUGUCUAGAACAUUAUCAUUCACAAAGUUAUUCGCACUCAGAUUGAAAAGAACAUCGUCUUUACCCGUUACUCCUAUCGCUCACUCAAAUCCAGAGUCUGUGCAUGGAAGAAACACCGUUGAAAAAGGUUGGAUCCAACCGCCUAUGCAUCGUUCAUAUUCCGUUCCUGAUUUGAUUAAAGACGGAAGCGUAAAUCAAAUCGAGUCAUUAGGUGGCGUAUUCAGGAUAAUUCCCGCUACUGCAAAAGUUGCACAAGGAACACUUCCCACAAGUAAUACGAAUCCUACAACCGAAACUGACGGAACCGAUCAUAAAGAAGAGGGUGAGGACAUCGCAGAAGAAGAAGCUAUGUGUAGAAUAUGUAUGGUUGAAUUAAAGGAAGGUGCCGAUGAUACCCUUAAAAUGGAGUGUAAUUGCAAAGGCGAGUUAGCGCUGGCCCAUCAAGAAUGUGCGAUAAAGUGGUUUAGCAUUAAAGGAAACAAAACUUGUGAGGUUUGCAAGCAAGAAGUCAAAAACUUGCCUGUUACUCUUUUAAGAAUUCAGAGGUCUCAAAGCCGAAUUCAUAGGGGAAAUGGAGCUUUGCAUCAGUUAGAAGUUACUAGAUACAGAGUAUGGCAGGAUGUACCCGUUCUUGUGAUCGUUAGCAUGCUUGCAUACUUUUGUUUCUUGGAGCAACUUUUGGUAGAUAAAAUGGGUUCGGGUGCGAUUGCUAUAUCUCUGCCGUUUUCUUGCAUAUUGGGUCUCCUUGCAUCGAUGACGUCAACAACGAUGGUGAAGAGAAGGUAUGCAUGGGUUUAUGCUGGUUUUCAGUUCGCUUUAGUGGUUGGUUUCGCACAUAUAUUUUACUCGAAGCUUGAUGUGACCGGGGUUCUAUCAGUUCUGCUUGCUACAUUUGCGGGCUUCGGUGGUGCAAUGUGCGUUACCUCGAUUAUUUACGAGUUUUUAAAAUUGCGGGAAAGGUGGAACAAUCGGCCAAGCCAACCUCACGGGACCCCAGAAAUGGAACCGGAACCGGAACCGCCUCAGGAGUCAUCGGAACCUGCUCAUGCACCACAAAACGAGGCUCAACAAUUAGGUGGUUCAGAACAGGCGGUUCAGCCACAUCAACCCACAGACACAAGUCAUAGACCUGAAAGUGAAUCUGACCUGCAAGGAAGUCAAACCCAAGAGUCGGGUCGACAAUCUGGACCGUAGCGGGUUUUGUUAGGUUCAUUUGUUAAAAAAAUUGGUAGCGCUGGUUGCUUAGUUACAACCGAAGCUAAGAUUGUAUAGAAACCCGUUAAUGGUUUAUGCUAAUGAAUCUUGAGUUUUGGUUUAAUGGAGUUUGUAAAUUUGUA